AGAUAUUGCAUAACUCAAGGGGGUAUUUAUUCCGCAGUCAUACCAAAUAGUCAACCAGAACUUAAACAAAACCAUCCGCGAUGAAUCGAAGCUUUUUUUCACUACUUUUUGUCUUGGGUGCGCUGCAUCUAGCAGCAGCUGCAAAUAUCCGUCAGUUGCCAACGGUUGCAGAGUACGUGGUCAUUGACGGGCACAAGUAUUUCAUUAACAGGACCGAUGUGACCAGGAAUGAGGCUAAAGCUGAAUGUAAAUCAAGGGGCAUGAAACUGAUUUCAUUCGAGGAGUUUGGAAAGUGGGAAACUGUCAAAAAAUACGUGGCCAAUAACAAUCCUUAUCACACCACCUAUUGGAUGGGAGCAAAGAGAGCCGCGAAUUCGUUGCGAUGGCGAUGGGAAGGUUCUGGCCGCACCGUUCAAAACUUUGAUUGGGCUUUAACUUUUCCGCAGUACAAUAAUGACGUCGUGUAUCCGUUCUGCCUGAAAUUUAUGCUCGAACAGUAUUUCAACGGGUGGACUGAUUCAUAUUGCGACUAUGGAGUCGGUGGAAUCCUUUGCCAAUAAAAUACGUAGAAUUUUA